AUGCCUGGCACAACGGCAGAGGGACCGACGGUCUCCAUGUCCUUUGCCAACAACUUUUGGGGUAAAGAUGAUGCGGGCCUACAACCCAUGCUUGAUCGGAUGCAUGGAUCGAAAAACACUAGUGAUGAAUUAAGGGUGUUUUACAACGUGCGAGCUGCCAUCGAAGAUGAAUAUGCGCGAAAAUUACAGGCACUGUGUCGCAAGCCAUUCGGAACAUGCGAAUCCGGAUCCCUUCGCCAAUCGCUGGACGUAGUCCGUGGAGAGACAGAGGCGAUCGCUAAAGCACACGCGGCGAUUGCCAGCCAGAUGAAAACAGAACUGGAGGAGCCACUGGGCGCCUUCGCUAGCGGGCUGAAGGAACGACGAAAGAUCAUUCAGAAUGGCAUUGAGCGCCUCCACAAAACUAAAAUGCAACAAACACAAGUCGUUAACAAGGCUCGUGACCGUUUCGAGCAAAACUGCCUCCAGAUCAAGGGUUAUCUGGCUCAAGGACACAUGGUUAUGGGCCAGGAGGAGCGCAAGAACAAGUCCAGGCUUGAAAAGACUCAGAUUCAAAUGGCUUCGAACAGCCAGGAGUAUGAAGCCGCCGUGAAGGUCCUUGAGGACACCACUGGACGCUGGAACAAGGAGUGGAAGAGUGCCUGUGAUAAAUUCCAGGAUCUAGAAGAGGAAAGAUUGGAUUUCACUAAGAGCAGCCUCUGGACCUUUGCAAACAUCGCAUCGACUGUUUGCGUUAGCGACGAUGCUUCUUGCGAAAAGAUUCGCUUGUCUCUGGAGAACUGCGAGGUUGAAAAGGAUAUUUUGUCUUUCAUCCAGGAGCGUGGAACUGGUCAAGAGAUUCCAGACCCUCCUCGCUUCAUCAACUUCUGCAAAGAGGAUGAUGAUGCAGGAUCCGACAUUGAUUCAGGAGAGGGUUACUCAGUGGCACAAUUUCAGCGAACCAUGAACCCUGCAUUCCGGACAUCAUCUCCACAGCCGUCGACUUACGAGUCCCAUCACGAUCCAGAGUCUCCUCUUGCGGCUCAGAUGGGCCACCCGGCGCCUCUGCCGGCCAGUGUGCCCCAGCCAUCUCCCCAGAGCAUCCAACAAGAGCCAUCUCUCCAACGUAUGGCUCAGCAGGCGCCGCCUCAAAGCAUACACCCAGAACCUCCUGUCCAGCGUAUGCCUCAACAACUGCCCCCGCAGAGCAUUCCGCAAGAACGUCCUGUUCAGCGUAUGCCGCAGCAGCCGCAGCAGCCAGCUCCUCAAAAUAUGCAGCAAGAGCCACUUGUCCAGCGCAUGCCCCAGCAACCGCCUCCCCAAAAUAUGCAGCCCGAGUCAUCAAUGCAGCGCCUGCCACCGCAGAAGUCAGCCAUGUAUGGGAUGCCGCAGCAGCCGGCUCCACUUGACCUUCGCCGGGGUGGACAACCGCCACCAAACUACAACCCUGAGCAGCACGGUGCAAUCAAUGCAGUACCGCAUAAUGCAUACCCUACCGAUGGAAUGACUAUGUUCUGUCGUACCGGUCCACCUUCCGAACGUAGCUCAGCAGCCAGUCCAUACAGACCGUCCAGCCGGGAUUCUCAAAGCGAUGUGUCAAAUCCCACUUCGAUGUCCAGUGUUGAAGCUCCAGCCCCGGCUCCAGUUAGCCAGAAACCAGCCCCGCCCCUGCCCAGUGUUAUGAAGCUGCAGGCCGCUCAGAAGCCCAUCAACGAUCCGUCAUCGCCAGGUACUCAGGAUGACAAGACCUCAAAGAAGAAAAGCGCCUUCUUCAGUAACAGCCCAUUCCGCCGUAAGAGUCGGCACGACAAGGAGAGGCCGGCUAUCGCAGCUCAAUCCUCAUCUCGAAGCCCUUGGAGCUCGCCCACUAAGCAGGCCAGUCCAACCAAGACUGCACCAGCGCCAGUUUCAAAACCAGUCUCGCAACCAGUCUCGCAACCAGUCUCGCAACCCGAGCCCCCCUCUCCUAGCCUAGAACCCGUUGAUCCUCGGGCUAACUUCCAGCUGAAUGUUGGCAACAAUGUGUUUGAUGUUGCUUCGCCUGACAAGAAGCAGGGUUCUCAGCCUACAAAUGUAGCUGACGAUGAUUCGGACCCUAUUGCGCGCGCCCUAGCCGAUUUGAAGACAACUGGUGGUAAGCAGCCCAGCGUGCGCGUGUCGGCCGAUCGAUACCAUGGAAUUUCAACCCCGAAUCCCUCAGCCCCAUCGUCAAUUUAUGGCGGAAGCAACUCGCCUGCGCCACCUGCAUACAAUGACCCUAACGUGAAGCGGCUUGGCGCCCCCGAACCGGCAUUCACAGCCAAGCAGAUGCAAAAGACUACCCAACGAUACACCGGUCAGACUGCGAGCAUGCUUCGGGGUGGAAGUAAUAACCCUGCCAUGGCACCCAGGGAGGCUGCAAAGCCUCAGGAGGUCCCUCGGGCGAGAUCACCGGCACCUUCUAGGUCGCCCGCUCCUAGGCGCAGCGCCAGCCCUCAAGUCUCUCCCCGCGUCGACACUCGCACAGGAUAUGGUGGUGGCGGUGCCAGCCCUAGUCCAAGCACGUAUCAAUCUGGCAGCGCUAGAAGCCGCUAUAGCCAGUCGCCAACUCCGCAUCGAGCGCAAGAACCGCCCUACUCUCCCAACGACUACGCUCGAAGGGCUUCCCCGGCCGCAUCGCACCGUGCAGUUUCUCCUCAGCCCCAGUUCAGACAGCAAGUCCGUCCGUCCAGCGCUGGAGGCAUGGAGCUGCAGCUUUCUGCCGGUCAAGAUGACAUGUUCGGAGGUGGCAGCCAAAAUGGCUAUGGCGGCUCAGUUCGAGGGGACGGUCGUCCCCGAUCCCACUACGGCGGAGACAAUGGUGGCCCGCCUGUCGGUCGCUCCAGAAGUCGAACUGUUGCAGUUGCCGAUCCAGGCCGAAAGUUCAGCCGUGAUGGGCGUCCAAUUCUGCAUUUCGCUCGCUCAAUGUACAGCUACUCUCCUGCCAUCCCCGAAGAGCUUGGCUUCACAAAGGGCGAUGUCUUGUCUGUCAUCCGUCUUCAAGAUGAUGGAUGGUGGGAAGCUGAAGUCACCAAUGGCCGCGGACACCCGGGCUUGGUUCCGAGCAACUACCUGCAGAUCAUCUAG